UACAAAAAGCAUACGGAUCUCCACCCCCAUUUUUAUUCUGCUUUCGCACUCUAAAAAUUCAUCUCUUUCAUUUCAAUUUCUCAAAAAUCGCAAAAGCAAUUUGCUUCACUCACCAUUUCCCCAGAUCUCAUCCUGUCAAUCGGGCCGCCGGAGAUUUCAGAUCGAAUUCGUGUUCUUCCAAGCGGUUCAUAUUUGUAAAGAAUUUGCGCCACCAUGUGGAGAUUCAAACCCUUCGCCCAUAAAGAGCAAACUGGUCUUGAAGGUCGCGUCAUUGACAUCGGUAAUUUCAAAGUUCAGGUACGGAAUGCCAUUGCAGAGGGUGGAUUCUCAUGCGUUUACUUAGCACGAGAUGCAAUACAUGGCUCCAAGCAGUACGCGUUAAAGCACAUCAUAUAUAGUGAUGAAGAGUCAGAAGAGCUGGUGAAGAAGGAGAUUUUAGUUAUGAAAACACUAAAAGGGCAUCCUAAUGUUGUCACCCUUCAUGCACAUGCUAUCUUUGACAUGGGUCGUACCAAAGAGGCUCUUCUUCUCUUGGAAUAUUGCGAAAAGUCUCUGGUUAAUGUGCUGGAGAACAGAGGAGCUGGUUUUUUCGAUGAGAAGCAGGUCAUUACAAUUUUCAGGGAUGUAUGUAAUGCUGUCUUUGCAAUGCAUAGUCAGACCCCUCCUAUCGCCCACCGAGAUUUAAAGGCUGAGAAUCUUUUGUUGGGGUCUGAUGGCUUGUGGAAGUUGUGCGAUUUCGGUAGUACAUCUACCAACCAUAAACGCUUUGAGAAACCCGAAGAAAUGGGAAUUGAGGAAGACAAUAUAAGGAAAUACACAACACCUGCAUAUAGAGCCCCCGAGAUGUGGGAUCUUUUUCGAAGAGAACUUAUAAACGAGAAGGUAGAUAUAUGGGCACUUGGUUGUCUCCUUUUCCGUAUAUGUUACUUCAAGUCAGCAUUUGAUGGCGAAUCAAAGCUCCAAAUUCUAAACGGGAAUUAUCGGAUCCCGGAUUUACCCAAAUACAAUACAUUGCUUAUAGACCUUAUCAAAGACACGCUUCAAUCUUCACCCAACGACAGACCAGAUAUCACGCAGGUCUGGUUUCGUGUUAAUACUCUUUUACCAGAUGGGCUGCAAAAGUCAUUACCCGAUGGACCUACAGAAAUGCCUCAAAAUAGUGCUGAUGUGCUUGGAGGAAUGGCAAAGCCUGCAAACAAGUCUAGUCCAGUCCCUCGUAGAUCUCCUCCUCCACCACCCUCAACCGAAGCUCCUCGAAAUGUGACAUCAGCGUCAAGUAAUCCAAGAACAGACGAAAACACCGGUCCAAUGGGGGCAUUCUGGACCACUCAGCACGCGAAAGAAUCAGAAGCCAGAGAUGAUAAAACCAGGCCAAAAUACGACGAAGAUACCUCAAACCGUAAACCAACUAAAGAUUUAAAUUUGUUUCCAGAUAAUUUGAACCAGAGUAACGAAAGAUCAAAGCAAGCAAAACCAGAGGUCACCCCACCCUCUCAUAACCAUGCAUUCAACGCCUUUGUCGCUGAAUUCAAUAGUAAUAAACAGAGUCCGAGCAACAACAGUAAGAAACCGGAGAAGGAAGAGGUAUUAGAGGCCGAGGUAGAAAAGCUGAAGGAGCAGCUAGCACUCAUCAGUGCAGAAAAGACGGAAAUAACCUCCAAAUACGAAAAACUCUCAGCAAUUUGUAGGUCACAGCGUCAAGAGAUUCAAGAACUUAAGCAGAGCCUAGCUGCGAGAACUCCAUCACCGAGUAGGGAUUCCUCGAGAAACCUAGUUUCUCCUGUAAGCCAAUCAGCUACAACCACGCCGAAUGAGAAGAUUGAAGGAACGGUGUGGGAACUUCAACAAGGGUUGUUUGACCGAAGUUCUAAAAGCUCAGACUCUCAACAGUGGCAGGCUUUCUCUGAUGACAAGCCAUCAUCGGCUCCUAAAUCUGUGAGGACAAGAAACACUCCGCAGAAUAAUCAAAAAGUCGAAACAAACAGUUGGGGAUUCGAAACAGAGAGUUUUAAGGUUGUCCCAAAUGCUGCGAGCUCAAAUGUAAGUGUGCCUGUCGGUGGAUUGAAUGUCUCUCAGCGCUUUGUCGAACAAAAGAGCAACAAGGGUAAGUUGGAUGCUCCGCCUGCUGGAUGGGCCGGUUUCUAAUAAAAAUGAAUAUGUACGAGAAAAAAAAAAGUCGAUAUAUAGACAAUAUAAAAAAACAGAAGACAAAAGGUUGUUGUUUCAGGAGUUUGUUUUUUGUGCUGUUGAAAUUGUUGUGUACUAUAUAAACGCGACCGCGACGGAGUUGAAUAUAUGCUUCUUUCGUGCCCUUUCUAUUUAAUCAUGGAAAUAUUGAUUUUGUGCUUUACAAGG